ACUAAAUCUAACUUCUUAACAUAUUAAUCAUGGCUGUUAAACCCCGAAUUAUAUGCUUGGAUUUAUAGCAUUAAAAACUCCGGCGAUGACUGCGCCCCCUUCCCCGCGCUCGCGCUGACCCGCCCCCGCCAGAGCCGGCCCGAUCCAUCCCCGAUCCGCCGAAAGAUCGCCGAUCCGGACUCUCUUCAGUCUCUUCUCCUCUGGGACCUGGCGUGCUAACCGGAGGUGAGCCGAUCGGUUGCUGAGGGAGCUCCUCCAUAGAGCUGAGGAGAAAAAAGUCCAGAUGAAGCUGCUAGUUUGCAAACUAUCAUCAACGUGAGGUUCUGCAAGGAUGCAGGGAAAGAUGUAUGGAACUGCAGCUCCUCAGCUCUCCGAUUCAAAUAGGAGGAUUAUUGAAACAAAUGGUCCAUCAAAGCGGGUGUAUCAAGUCUGGAAAGGAAGCAAUAGAUUCUUUCUUGGAGGGAGGCUUAUUUUUGGGCCAGAUGCAAGGUCACUGAUAUUAACUCUACUUCUAAUAGUAAUUCCAGUAAUCCUGUUUGGGGCAUUUGUUUCACCAAAACUGGUUAAUGAGUUCCAACACCAAUUUGGGAAUCUGAUCAUUGCUAUAGUCAUUAUCUUCACUGUUCAUACUCUCUUUCUUCUUCUUCUCACAUCUGGUAGGGAUCCUGGAAUUAUGCCUCGUAAUGCACAUCCUCCAGAGCCAGAAGAUGUUGGUGAAGCUUCCAAUUCAUCUGUAGAUUGGCCAGGGAGUCAGCAUGGUAACCCAAGUUUGCCUCCUACCAAGGAUGUCCUUGUCAAUGGAUUUACAGUCAAGGUUAAAUACUGCCAUACAUGCAUGCUGUAUCGGCCGCCAAGAUGUUCUCAUUGCUCUAUAUGUAACAACUGUGUGGAACGUUUUGAUCAUCAUUGUCCUUGGGUUGGGCAAUGCAUUGGGAAGAGGAAUUACCGCUUCUUUUUUAUGUUUGUGUCCUCCGCAACCUUCCUAUGUCUGUAUGUUCUUGCUUUUUGCUGGGUUAACCUCAAGAAGAUUAUGGAAGCGUAUGAAUGCAAUCUAUGGAAAGCUCUUCUGAAAUCACCUGUCUCUGGCAUUCUAAUCUUAUAUACAUUUGUAGUGGUUUGGUUUGUAGGAGGGUUAACAGCCUUCCACCUCUAUCUAAUUUGCACCAAUCAGACAACUUAUGAAAAUUUCCGGUACCGCUAUGAUAAGAAGAAUAAUCCUUACAAUCGUGGUUGGGUUCAAAAUAUUAGGGAAAUCUUCUUCUCAAGAAUCCCUAGCUCCAAGAAUGACUUCCGAGCUAAGGUGAAGGAGGACUCAAUUGCCUUCACCUCUUCACGCUCCAUGGGACGUCCCUUAAGCCCAGAUAUGCCUAAGACAAGCUUGGACCUAGAAAUGGGUGGGAAACGGCAGAAUGUGGCGGCAGAGGAAUUGGAAGAUUUACAGAACCAGAUUGGAAGUAUAUCAGGGUUAGAGAGAUGUGGCACUGAACCUCCGUACUCCAGCCGGGGUGGCUACAAGGGGGAAAUAACACCUGAUUUAGAGGCAUUGGCAGCUGAGUUUGGCAUGCAGCAUGGAUUUACCGAAAGAGAAAAAAAAUCUGGGCAGUCUUUGAAAUGAUGGUUCUGGAAGGUUUUGUAGUGAUCAGGAACUGUAAUGAUAAGCUUGAAUGGAUCCAGGAUCAGGGAUGUUGUCUCCGACAACAAUUUCACUCUCAAGGAUUGGGUGUCUUCAUGUUCUUCAGCGCCGCCCCCCCCCCCCCCCCCCCCCCCAAUCCAAGGUGGUGUUGCUUUGUACAUCUUUUUCUUUGUGGAAUUGAAGAUGUUGGUCUUUGAUCGGGUUGGUGUUGUAAUUGCAAUUUUUUAUUUGUCUGGGUUUUCUGUUCUUAUGUUGAUUAAUUUGUCCUGUAACUAAAUUUCAAUGAUGCAACUGAUGAUGGUGUCUGAUAUAAUGUCUGACACAUCAGAUCUUUUGCUACUAUAGUUAAAUUUUGGUAUGAGGUCAUUUCUUUUCCUUGUUU